AUGGCUAGCGACUUGAUUCCACUACUUUCGGAUCCUCCACCGUAUCGCGACAUUAACAGCAAUAUAUAUCCUUUAAAGAAGAAAGAUUUCGAUCAACCUCCGCCAUAUCCAUCACCACAUGAAGUGCUUGGUAAUCGAUUUCACAUACCCAAAGGAUCAGAAAUCAGCUUCCUUCUGGGAAAGACACCUAUGUCGUCGACCGCGGAAGCGGAUAAAAAUUUUGAACAAAGGUGGGACAAUUGGCCUAUACCUACUGAUCCUGUUAUGUGUUAUGUCAGUGGUGCCGGAAAAACAACACUUUUAAAUGUGUUAACAUCGAGAAAUCUUACUGGUUUGGACGUAGAUGGUAAAGUUACUGUAGAUGGACGGAGCAUCAGUAGAUGGAAGUUCAAAGAGAUCUCUGCAUUUGUUCAACAAAAUGAUAUGUUCAUUGGUACAAUGACAGCUAGAGAGCAUUUACUAUUUAUGGCCCGCUUACGAAUGGGGUCAAACUAUACCACCAUGGAACAGGAUCUGCGAGUGGAGGAUAUUAUAAGAACGAUGGGUCUAACCAACUGUGCGGACACAAUUAUCGGUAUCCCAAACUCUGCAAAAGGCUUAUCUUGUGGUGAAAUGAAAAGGCUAGCAUUUGCUUCUGAG